AUGAACAUCGACACCAAGUCCAUGAGCCAUCACGAUGUCAUUCAACGAGUAACCCAGUCGAUUCUACGCUAUGCUCUCGAAAAGAAGAACUGCAAGUUGAUCAUCAUACUCGGACAUCUACGAUCGGGAAAGUCGAGCCUAUUCGAGUCGCUUACCAACCGAAUAGGCCAUUCAGGGCAUGGAAUUGAGUCCGCAAACCUCGGAGGAAAGGUCUACCUCUUUGUCGAUACCCCAGGGCUCAAUGAUCCGAACAUCAGUAAUGCGGAUAUCCUGAGAGAGAUCGCGAAGCUUCUCGAGGUCACCAAAACUUCUGUGACAUAUGCCGGCAUUCUCUAUGUACACCCAGCGAAUCAAAUUUACUCAGACGAGACUGAAAAGGGCCUUAAGUUUUUGGAGGUCUUCUGCGGACUUGACUACUCCCCGUCUCUGACUUUCGUCACCACCGGGUGGGACGCAUUAUCGCUAAACCAGAUCCCCCGCAGCGACGCAUCAAUCCGGCAAAUGCAGACGUUCAAAUGGACUGCAUUUAUAGAGAAGGGAGCCAAGGUCUAUCAUCAUGGUAGACGCUAUGAUGGAGGUCUCCCCACACUCGAAGUGCUAGAUAUCGACGGUGAUCGAGAACCUCGAUCUCGGACAGCUCAAGGAAUAAUUGCUGAUUUGUAUCCACAUGAAAAGAGCUAUGCCGCACCCCUAAUCAUCCAAGAGCUGCGAAUGGAGCUGAAUCUUGAGGAUACCACUGCUGGGAAGUAUCUCGGCAUGACCUCUCAAAAGCUUGUUUAUCCUGGUACACAGAGCACCAAUGGCCAACAAUCUGGUGAAACAGGCAAUCAAUCAGCUGGGAUCAGCUGGAUGGAUGCAUUUCUCUCUGUGAUGAUGAUACCGGUAGACAUGAUCCGGGGAUUUGUGACUGCUCUCUGGAACUUCAUUUCUCUUCUGCAAAAAGCGCUGGCCACACUUCUUAUGCCACCAGUCGAAAUCUCCAUUCAUCGUGUUUCGGCAGAGGGGGUCGAAGCGCUUGUGACCUUACCAGGGGGGCUGAGAUUUAUUGUCGGAUACGGCCGGCGAGGACCGUAUUGGAGGCGCUGGGACUCUCAAGCUGAGGGCCAAACCACUUCUGAGGCCGACGAUGACAAUUCCGAUAUUCUUGUCGAAAUUCCUGAUGGCCCCAUGGGAAAUUGGUCUAGAUCAUCUGAUGAUAACGAAAGCGAGACGAAUCCGGAUUAUCUCGUCGUUUCGGAAGCGUUUAGGCUAGCUAUGCUCAAUCACGGAGACCCAGUGACACCUGAAGAGCCGCACCUUGAGGCUGGAUCAACUGAGGGGCCUUGGGGCUCAAAGUGUAGCAUCCUCUGA